AUGGAGUUAUCAUUAUACAAAUACAAUAUAGCUGCAGGAAAAAAGAAAUUUUUUAGAUGUAAUAAAGGUAAAGCUCGUGGUAAACAAUGUGAUGCUGAUAUUUAUUUGUUAUUUGAAUCUACAAAUGAUAAAGUUGUUUUAUUUCGCACCACAUCAGACCAUAUCCAUGAUAACAUAGAAGAAAAACCUUCAAGAAUAACAACUGAAGUAAAAAAAAUUAUACAAGAAUUAUUUGAAUUAAAAUUGAAACUGAAAGCAAUAAUCGAAGUACUUCAUGGACGUGGAAUAGCAGUACCAAGCAUUCACCAAUUAAAUAAUUUGUUAAGGUCCAUUAUGAGUACAAAACUAGGUCCAACUUCAAUUAGUCUUGGUGAAAUUGAACAACGGUGUCUAGAAUCAAGUCAAUCAAUUCCAGAAUCAGCUGAUACUCCUUUUGUUGCAUCACAUCAAAUUAUUUAUGAUGAUGAAAAUGAAAACGGAGAUAUUGAUGAUGGUGAUAUUAAUGAAAACAAUACAACUAAUCUUGAUCGAUACUUUCAUUUAUUUGGCAUGGCUGUUUGUUACAAUGAAGCAACACAGAAUUUUAGAUUUAUAUUUCGUGCUUUACAAGAAGGUUUACAAAAGUUGAAUUUAGAAGAAAUUAAUCCAGAGUUUUUAAUCACUGAUUGUGCUGAUGCCACACGCAAUACUUUUCAAGAUGUGUUUGGAGAAAAACCAAUGGUAAUAUGUUGGGCGCAUAUGCGUAGAAAAGUGCACAAAAAUGAACGUUUAUUUAUGAAAGCUUCAAAUGUAUUUGUGAAAAAAUGGUCGAAAACAGAACCAAAUUUCGUAGAAUGUUUCCAAAACGAAUGGCUAACAACACAUGAUGCAUGGCAUGAAGGAGUUGACCAUUUUACACCAAGUACAAAUAAUGCUUUAGAAGCCACAAACAAUGCUAUAAAAAAGGAAAAUACACUUCGUGAACGUCUACUUUUAUCAUGA